AUGAUUUUAAGAAGGCUACAAAAGCCGUUAGCACCCUGCCGAUACAUGUGCAUUUUUUCCCUAAUUAACCUGCUCAAAUCAGCAUCGAUUACCCUGACAAAACCCACGUACGCGUACAUUCACAACUACAAUCAUAUCAUAUCACAGAUCCCCCAAAAAACAAAUAAACUAAUUUUAAGAAAUUGUUCGAACAAGAAAAAUUAUAAUGCUUUUGUAUGCAAAUCUUAUAAGAAAUAUAAAAUGAAUAAAAAAUUUUCCAGUUCCAUAAAUAUGAAUAAGAGUAACGAAAAUGAAAAUGCUUUAAAAGAUAAUAAUAACGUCACUGCAGUUAAUAAAAACAGCAGUGAUGUUAAGAGUUUUGGAAACUUUAACCACAGCAGCAGGAGUUCUGCCUUCGGCAAACGAUAUAGCCAUGGCAUUAAGAGCAAAAGUAAGGUAUCUUCCGGCAGUUACGUUGGUGGACGUAUUGAUGGUAGUGGGGUAGGAGGUGAUGGAGGCUUCGGAGGAGGAGGAAGUAAGUACACAAGUAGUCACUCCUAUUCGAGGAAUCACCCAACUCACCAUCCACACCAGAUCAACAGAGAAACGGGGAGCAAAAAUGAAGAAGCCAGUUACUCUCUAAACGAAACGAAGUUAAAUACAAAUGCGAAUUAUGUGAAUUCGAACAUGAAGGAAAACAAAGGAGGAGGAUACACCCUGAACAGUAAUGAGCCAAACAUACCACCUGUCAACGAGACCAGUAAAAUCAUUCAGCACAACACCAAAACGAAUAGUUUCAAUAAGGAUAAUAUGUUGCGCAAAGGCACAAAGGACGAAAGUGUGUACGGCCACAGUGGCUUAGGGCCCAACAGCAGUGCCAACAAUGUGAUAGGCAGCAUGGAUAAUGCCAAAAACGGCAUUAAUAACAACAGUGGAAACACAUCGGGCGGUAUUUAUCAAGAGAAUAAUCAGGUGAAAACCACGAGCUACAAAAAUACAAAAAACGGCACAAGUGGAAGCGGAAAUAACAGAAACAACAGCAUGAGGGAGAAAAAAACAAACAUGGAAGGCAUAAACAAUACGAACUUAAAGGACAACGAACGAUUUAGCCAUCUGAACGAGAGCCGUGUCAGCGCCACAAAGUACAAUACGAAGAAUUCCUUUAGCUCAAAUAAGAAAAAUAUGUCUACCUAUAAUGCCAAUUUGAGCAACGCGAACAAUGGCAACCUUAAAAACGGUGAUGAGAAUGUUUGUUAUGCACAGAACAGUUUCAAGAGAGAAACAUCGGAUAAUAAUAUGUUGAAUAGUAAUGUCAACGUAGCAGAGUUAAAUAAAAACGUUGGGGUACCCGUUGAUCCCAAUAUGAACAGCAUUGACAUGAGCAACAAACUGAGCGCUAAGGAUUCUUACGGAAAAGCAGAAGGUGUCAACAAUGAUGCAAACGUCGGCGCGAAUACCGGAAUCAGCAACCGAACUGGUAACUCGCGGGGCGCCAAUGGUCGAAGCGGUAAUGGGCGCAGCGGCAACGGUCGGAGUUCAAAAGGUCAUAGAGGGGGCCGCAGAAGAAACAACCACUCGGGUGGAAACAAUACAAGCGCUAAUAUUACAGGUGAAAACAACGCAAAUGUGAAUAACGUUGGCAUAAAUAAUCCUAGCGCAAGUACUCCGAGCGGGAACAGCGGCAUCGGUCGAAGCGGCAAGCGGGGCAGCAGACGAGGCGGCAACAGGAACAGGAGAAGCAGCAACAACAACUCAGGCGCGUUCAAGUCCCUCAGCAUGAUGAAAAGCAAGGACGAAAAAAUGAAUGAAAAUUUUGACAGUGCAAUGCAGGAAAAUGAAUACAUGCAGGAGAAUACAAAUAAUUUAAGGGGCAUGCCGGAAAAUCAACCCGCGCACGGCGACAGGACCAGAAAUAACAAGAUGAUGUCUUAUGGCUCUAACACUCCCAUGAGCGGAGGACGAAUGAGCAACGUCGGCAUAAAUGGUGUGCAAAACGUACAAAAUAUGCCGAGUAUGCACAGCACAAAGAGCCUCGAGCACGGAAUGAAAAGCUCAAGAGAAAAUGAAAAUGCGAUCCCCGGGGCAAUGAUGAAGAACGCCAGAAAUAUGUCCUAUGACAACAAAGGGAACAGCUACAUGAAUGAUGCGAAUCAGGCGAACGUAUACGAGCUAAAGAAGAGCGAGUCCUACGUGAAUUACUCCUCUUCAUCCAACAGCUUGAAAACGAUGAGCCAAAUGAAUACUAUGAACAGCAUGCACAACAUGAGCAGCAUGAAUAGCGUCAACAGCGCGAGCAGUAUUAGCGGCACAAACCAGAUAAGCGGUGUAAACAACCUUAUGGACGACCACUGCAGCGCAAGCAAGCAAAGCUGCAACAUGAGCAGCGGAUCGACGCCCUUCCCAAACAUGGACGCAGAUGCAUUUCUCUUUCACGACUUUAAUGAAUUCGUGACAUACAUGUAUAAGGAUGAAAACAUUUUAACUCUUUUCUACAUAAGAAAGAAUUACCUGAAAGCAGAGUCGCGCGAAGAAUUUGCAACCGAAAAUGACAAAAUAAAAUGUUCAAUCAUAUGGUCUUUUCCUAAUGAUGAAAAAAUUACUGUUACCGGGACUCAUAGCACAAAGAAGUUAAGCAAAAAGGUAUGCGUGAAAAAAAUGUUACAAAAGUUAAAAAACAUCUCAGUCUUAGAGAUAGACCAAAUGACCAAGUGGAUGAUCAACAGCUUAAAUGUGGUUCUCAAAGUGGAGCAUAAAAACAUGGAAACACAAAUGAACAAUAAUAACAUGUAUUGCACCAGCAUAGAAUGGAAAAUCAACAAUAAAAUGUAUCACUCCAUGGGGAUACAUGAGCAUGAGAAGAUUGCAGAAAUUAUCGCAACACAGAACUUGUACAUGAUUUUGUAUGACAUCAAGGAUCAAUUGGUUAAAGAAAUGGAGAGUGGCAAAGUGACUAACCAACACGGUGCCUCAAGUGCCAUGAAUAGCGGAAAGGCGUAUGAAAAUAGCCUAUUUGACAAAAUGAUGAAUAACAGCAAUAACAAAGGCUACGACGAUCAUUGUGCCAAUAAAAUGGGAGGCAAGUACGAAUACGGAAAAGGACAAAUGAUGCAGAACAAAAAUAUGAUGGAUCCUGCAGCUCUUUACAAAAAUGGGAACCCCCCGAAUAAUGAUUUCAAUGCACAAGGCAUGAAUAAUUGCAACACGUAUUAUAAUCCGAAUGAUGGGAUGAUGCACCCACAGUGUGCUGACAAUCCAAUGAUGCACUCCCUGCAAGGUGGCUCUGCCAUGAGCAGUGCGGGCAAUAUGAACCCCUGUGCCAGAGGUGCAAACAGCAUGGAUCUAGCGAAUGCAGGCCAAAUUGCAGGAAACAACAAUGUAAACAUGAACCUUAUGAACUACCCAAAUGCAAACAACAUGGGCAUGCCCAUUAUGAACGAUAAAAAUAUUGGACAAGGCGUAGGAGCAGACCAUAUGAACGGGCUGAAUAAUAACCCCGGAAUGGUACCUCCAGCACCAGUGAUAACGGACCCAACGGAACUUAUCGCCUACAAUUUAACGAAACAGGACUCGGGGAGCAUCCAAAUGCUAAGAAACAAUAUUGCCUCAAGGUACAAAGUGCACCAAACGGAGAACUUCGAGCAGGUAUAUAAUUUGUUCAAGUGCACACUCGAGUGGGAAUGGAAAAAUGGAAAGAUAGCCUGCAAAACAAAAAGUGUGGGUUAUGGUACCACCAAGAAUUUGGCCAAGUGCGAAGCAGCCUACGACAUGCUAGUGAAAAAUAACCUCAUAGAGUACAUAUCCUCCACGGAUAGGAAAAACGCGCAUUAUAUAAAAGAUUUAAUACAAAAGGAUGUAAACAAAGCCAUGAAACUAGCAAUUCAGUUUAUCAUGCAGUAUAGCAGUAACGCGUGGUCGAUUUUUUUAGUUUACCUCUUGAGGGAGUUGCUCAUAGAUGGCAAUUACGACCAUAUCAAUAGGCUUCUCACGACCGUAGUGGAAGUCAGUAAAGAGGGAAGGAUUGAGGCCGAUAAAAUCAACGAGAGUAACAAUGCCAAUGCGAGUGGGGCAAAUGGCACAAGCACGGGAAAAAUGGAUGCCACUCAUGCGCACCGAUCGGGUAGAAUGAACAACAAUGGUCAGAACCAUGGCAUGUACAGCAGCAAUGCAGAUGGAGAAAAUUACGUAGACAGCUCAAGCAACCUAUUCUUCUGCAACCCCUACAUUAAGAACCGAUGUGAUAAUAGCAAUUAUGUGCAUAAGUUGGUGUCCAUAGAUUUGUGGGAAAAAUUAAUCGACGAAUGUGUUGUCGUUUUAAAUGACAAAUUGUGCUUCCAUUGUAUAACCCUCUUGAAAGAAGUAGAGCUGGAUUACUCCAUUUUUAUUUCCAAGUGUGCCCAUGAUUAUUACAAGAAGUAUAGAAUUAUGUUAGCCCUAGAGUUUCAAGCCAAUCUGUCGCAGAGUAUUCAAGAGAAAAGAGAUUUCGAAUAUCUGCAUGAAAAUAAAUCGUUACUUUUAAAGGUAAAAAGUGCAACUAUGCCCAUUUUGUCAUUCACGUGUACCUUAACAUUGGAAGAAAAGGAAUGGAUGAAAUCGACACAAAUGAGGGAAGACGAUAUUGUGUUACUAAAACCAUGUGAUUUGAUGCUCACGGAUGAAGAUGCCUGGUCCAGUAGCCUCAUCGGUACCAUUACAAGUACAAAGAGUGACAACAUCGUUUAUAAUAUCAACGUGAGAAUAUUCUCUGCUGAAAACACCAGAAAGGCAAAUGUGAAGUAUAGCAAGUAUAAGCUCUUUCUACUAUUGAAUAUUGUAACACAUGAAAGAAUGCUGCAAGCCCUCAGGGCCAUAACCUUUAUAAGUUCCAUUCCGACAACGAACCAAUCGCCGUAUGUGUUCACCCCAGAAAUUCGCUUCCUCAUACUGCACUCGUACAAUAAAUAUUCAAAGCACAUUGCACAGACCGGCAAAUUGAACCACGAAAUUGCAGAAUAUGAAAAGAUCAAAAUGGAUUUCCACAACCAUGAGUCGUCCAAAAAUAAUACGCAAGAGGAUUUACUAAGCCAAUACAGUGGGCAAGCAAAAAACCCCUAUGCAGAUUUACUCAAUGAUGCACUGAACAGACAAAUUGGAAAAACACACACAGAUGAUAUUGAUCAAUAUUUAAUCGAAUCUAUCAAUUUGCCAACCAAUCUGCCGUUAAACGAUUCGCAAAAAUUAGCAUGCCUUAGUGCUCUCACCAGAAGACUAACCCUUGUGCAAGGACCCCCCGGAACAGGAAAAACCCACGUUGCUUGCGCCAUUAUUGACAGCUGGCAUAGGCAAAAUAGUAACAAAAAGAUACUGGCCGUGGCAGACUCCAACGUGGCAGCUAAUAACCUCGUGGAAGGACUCAAAAAGAGGAACAUUCAAGCAGUCAGAGUGGGAGCAGGAAGUGACAGCGAUUUCCAUGAAGAAGCCAUUAUGGACUUCCACCGAUAUAAGGAUCUCCUAAAGUUGAGAAAAAAUAAUUUACAAAAAGAAGCCAAAGUUAUGAAAGCCCUAUUAUUCCUCGAAGCGGUCAGAAAGUACAACGUCGUCAUAGCCACCUGUGUCGGUUCAGGACAUGAAAUAUUUGAUAAUGAAAAAUUCGAAAGAGUCAUUAUUGAUGAAUGUGCACAGUCGAUUGAGCCUUCGAAUCUUAUUCCGCUGGGGCACAAUUGCAACAAUUUGGUUCUAAUCGGAGAUCAUAAACAGUUACCACCAACUAUCAUUUCGUCGGACGCUACCAAAUUAGGGUUAGAUCGAUCCCUGCUGGAACGAUUUGUCAUGGCCAAAAUUGCUCCCGUUCAUUUGCUAACCACGCAAAGACGUAUGCAUCUAAGUAUUUGUACUUUCCCAAACAUCCAUUUUUACGAUAACAAAUUGAAGACUGAAAAUGUCACCGAGGAAAAUCGACCAAUUAUUAAGGGCUUCUUGUGGCCAAACCCGAAAUGCAGAUUAGCUUUCAUAGAUGUAUCCCUCGGAAAGCCAGGAAGCAAAUUCGAAAAUGCUUAUGGUACUUCCAAGUUUAAUUUGUACGAAAUUGAGCCCCUAGUAUCUGUGCUAAAAUCGAUUGUGAAUGAGGGCUGCGUAUCUGUCGACGAAAUAGGCAUUUUAACAGCGUAUGAUGCGCAAAAAGUAAAAUUGAAGAAAGCGGUACAAGAUGCCUUCCCGUAUGAAGCAGCAUGUCGAAUAGAAAUUGACUCCAUCGAUGGGUUCCAAGGAAAGGAAAAAGAUUUAAUUCUAUUUUCUGCUGUUAGAUCAAAUGCAAAUAACGAAUUAGGAUUUUUAAAAGAUGCCAGAAGAUUGAAUGUCAUGUUAACAAGAGCUAAAAGAGGAGUAAUCCUAUUUGGAGAUCAAUUCACCCUGGCUAAUGAUCCAGAAAAUUGGCUACCCUGGCUCAACUGGAUUUCAUCCAAGAGGGCAGUCGUGCACAUAACCAAACUGAAUGAGCACCUUGAAAAUCCAGAUUAUUCCCUGAUAGAUAAACUGAACAAAAUAAACAAGACUGUUAAUUUGAAAAACGUGAACGUAUCAGAUAAUUAUUUCUUAUACGGAAAUGACACCGGAUUUUCCAACGAUUACAAUGAGCCACAAAACUAUAAUCAGAACGAAGAAGCAAACUUCACCGUCGGUUUGAAUGACGCCAAGGAGGAAGUAGAGCCAGUCGAAGAAAUUGUUGAAAACUGGGAAGAUUUACUCUGA